CGCCCUCCAGCGCCCGGAGCGGUGCAUUGUGGGAAACUCCCGGGCUGUCCUCCGCGUCUGCAGCCGCCGUCGCCCCGCCGAGGAGCGCGCAGCCCGGGGAGGCCGGAGGACGCGCCCAUAGAAUGCCCAGGGGCGGCGAGCUGUUCUGAGCCCCCAGUGCAGCCACCUGCCUGGCCCAUACGCCUCGCCCACCAUGGAGUCCAGAGGGAAGUCGGCCAGCAGCCCCAAGCCCGACACCAAGGCACCCCAGGCCACCACUGAGGCCAAGGUACCCCCGGCAGCCGAUGGGAAAGCCCCUUCGACCAAGCCCUCGAAGAAGGAGGCCCCGGCCGAGAAGCAGCAGCCACCGGCAGCCCCCACCACGGCGCCUGCCAAGAAGACGCCGGCCAAGGCAGACCCCGCCCUCCUCAACAACCACAGCAACCUGAAGCCGGCCCCCACGGCCCCCACGGGCCCUAGCAGUCCUGACGCAACCUCGGAGCCCAAGGGUCCUGGGGACGGGGCAGAGGAGGGGGAGGCUGCCAGUGGGGGGCCUGGGUGCCCAGGUCCCUGGUCCUGCGAGAACUUGAACCCCCUGCUGGUAGCUGGGGGUGUGGCCGUGGCAGCCAUAGCCGUGAUUCUUGGUGUGGCCUUCCUGGCCCGGAAAAAAUAAUACCUGGGGGCCAGGUGGGCACGGAGCCACUUCCUGUACAGACCUGAGGAAGCCAGUGCAUGCAGAGUUCACCCUUAUUUACGUGUACACACGCACAUUCAUUACACACCCAUAUAUGCCCCAACAUACGCACACAGUGGAGAGGAGACCGGAGCCUGCCCUGCUGAUCCAGGACUUCCCCAGCCUCCAGGGCAGAAGGAGCCCAAGCUCCCGGGUCCACAGCACGGAUGCCUGGAGGGGGCACAGCUGGGGAGCCAUGAGAAAGGAAUGGAUCCUGUGUGUGGCCCCCUGGGCAGGGUGAUCCGGGCCCCCAGGGCUGGUCUCUGAGUGCAGGUUGGGGUGCCGGGAUGGGUUCUGCCUGGGCCGAGGCAGUGGGACCGACCUGGGGUGAUCCCUCCCCAUACCACCCGACCCUGGCUGGGUGGAAAGACGGAGCCUGAAGCCUGGUUGUGUUGGGGGCUUCCCAAGGGUCGCCUUCCCCAGCUUGUGCUCCAGGGGAGCCCUGAGGCUGUCGGGGAGGCAGGGAUGUUGAGGGCCCCUGGAAGCUGUGCCCACCCCGCCCCGCUAGACUGCCCCUCCAGCCUGCACCCGGCACCCUCUGCGUCUAUCCAGCGUAUAAAUGCAAUAACAGGUAGAGUAGAACUGCUUGGUGGCGACCGUCACACUGUCCUCGGCCCCGGAGCCUGACAGGCCCUUUGCACAGCCCCCUCAGCGCGUGCGGCCCCUGAGCACACAGCAGCAGGCGAGCUCCCGGAGCUGGUGGUGGGCACUGUGGGCACGGGGCCUGCUCUCACUGGCUCCUGGGCCUGAGUGGAGGCUGAGUCUGAAAUAAACUCUGUUGUCU